UCGGAAGAGCAGCCGGACGUGACGUGCUCGAGAGCGUUAGGAAGCCGCCGGCCGACGCGCCAAAUUUCAAAGCACUUCCUGCGCUCCUCCCCGGAGGAAGAAAGCCGAGCGAGGGAGGACCCGACGGCGGGCCCGACGGCGACGACCGCCACCGCGACCGCGACCGCGAAGCUCGAACUUGGACGCUUGCUCCGGGAGAGGAGAAGCUCUCGCCGGCCUCGGCUGCCUGUCCUCGGACGGCCUCACUGAUUCCCGCCGCCGCCUCGCACGCACGCCUUCAGCGGAAUAAUUGACGGCGAGCCGAAGGAGUCCCCGAAUGCGGCGCGGGACGCUGUAGCGCCCGGCGGGCGCGGCGGGCGACUUCUCCGGGCCAGAGGCGUCCGUCAUGCUGUCGGGGGCGCAGCCGUGCUUCCAGCUGCUCCGCAUCGGGGCCUCGGCGGGGGGCCGCACGCGGGACCUCUACACCUUCCGACCGGCGCCGGGCCACUCGGUCUUCCGGCUGGGCCGGGCGGACCAGCUGUGCGACGUCACGCUGGACUCGCCGGCCGUGUCGCGCGUCCACGCCGAGCUGCACGCCGAACGACAGGCGGCGCAGGAGGACGGGUGGCGCGUCCACAUCAAGGACAGGAGCACCCACGGCACUUGGGUCAACGACGUCCGUCUGGAGGCCGGCGUCCGCCGGGAGCUGGCGGACGGCGACGCGCUGACCUUCGGGGUUCACUCGCCUCCCGGGAGCCCCGAGUUCUACUUCCUCUUCCAGAAGGUCAAAGUUCGCCCGCUGGACUUUGACGCCAUCUCCGUUCCGAAGGCGGGCGCGUUUUCGUCGGACCUGCAGAACCGGAUCAGGACCAACCCCGAGCGCGAGGCGGCGCCGGGCGUGGAUCUGUCCAAGCUGUCCCUCAACCGCUCCACCGUCAUUCUGGACUCCAUCGGCAGCCUGAGCAAGAUGAAGGGCAGCGCGUGGACCUUCCGGCGGAGCCGCGGCGACGAGGGCGCCGCCGCCGCCUCCGACCCGGGCUCCUGGUCCUCGUCCUCGCCGCCCCCCCGGCCUCCUCCUCUUCUGCCGUCGCUGGCCGCCCCCAAGGCUCUGGCGCCGGCCUCCAGGAGCCGCAGGAAGUCCGCGCACACGGUGCUGCUGGAGGACGGCGGCUCGGACGAGUCUCCGAGCGGGACGACGGCGGCGGCGGCGGCGGUCCCUGCCGGCGCGGAGGAGGAAGCGCAGCCGUGGCCGAGCAGGAAGAAGCGUCGCCUCAACCGGUCGGACCCGGAGGCUCUCCGCUCGCCGCCGUCGUCUUCGGACCCUCGUCCCCGGGAAGCCAAGCCCUUCCCGGUGGGCGUCAGGACCAUCGGCAGCUUCCACGGCGCCGUGACCAACGCUCGCCUGGACCGCCGCCGCCGCGUCGUCCCCCCGCCGCCGAGACGGGGCCGCCUUUGCGACGUGGCCGCCUUCCGCCAGCGGAGGUCCGGCGGGAGGGGGCGACGGAAGGCUCAGGGCUCGCCGGUUUUCUCCCCCCUGGUGGUGGGAGGGGAGAGCUACAACUCGGCGUCGCCCUCGGUGAGGGUCUGCGUGGCGCCGAGCGGCCGCGACGUCUUCAACGGAUUCCGCCAGCAGCCCAGCAAGCGUCGCGGCCGCCCCCGGAAGCACCCCCUCCCCGCUCGGCCCCCCCUGCCCUCGCCUUCCUCCUCGUCUUCCUCCUCCACCUCUUCGGCCUCGUCCUCCGCCGGGUCGUCGUCGUCCUCGGCGUCCUCCUCCUCGUCGGAGGAGGAGGAGGAGGACGGCGCCGAGGGGGCGAGGCCGGCCGCGUCGGCGGAGCCCUGCGCGGCCCCCCGCUGCCUGCUGCCCCAGCGCGACCCGGUCCAGUGGAUCCAGUGCGACGUGUGCGACGCCUGGUACCACAUCGACUGUCUGCGCGUGGACCGCAAGAAGCUGCUGAGGGACCCGAAUGCCGAUUUCCACUGCGGCUGCUCCUGAGCCGCUCGGGGACCAGACCAGAACUUUGCGGGAAUUUGACCGCCCGGGUGGAACUUGCCGACACGAGACCGCGUGCCACCUCGGCUGCGAUCGACGUCUGACUUCAGGCGCGAAUGACGCCUUAACGGUUUUCCCUGACGACGGAGGUGACGUGCUUGGGACAAUAGUACGAUGCCCCCCACCGCUACACGGGCUGUUCCUCAUAUCCUGCCACUAGCAGCCUCGGACAUUUUUAUUUGUGAGGUCAUCUAUCGAGAGCCCAUGACAAAAAAAAAAAGAUGAUGACUGACAUUGAUUAGAAAUGAUUCACGCUUCUGGUUAAACAAAUUGCAUUUUUCAGGGCCUCAAAAUGCUAAAAAAAAAAAUAGAGUAUGACGUUCAGGGGGUCCGCAACAUGACCCCUGUGGCACACCACCUUGAAAGGUAGGGAAAUAAAAAAAGAAUUGGCCCCUGACACCAGAUGACAUUUUUCAGGGACCUCACCAAGCUCCUCUAAACAUUUUGAGGCGGCUUCAAAUUAUUAAAUGGUGUAUGUAAUAAAGUGUCAGGUGAUUGUUUUGAAAUUUUGGACGUCAAAGUGACAUCUUUUUUUUUGGGGGGGGGGGGGGCUACAAGAAACAAACCAAAAAGGUCAAUCUACAGUCCAUCAGCGAGUGGGGGGGGGGAUCGUGGAUGGAAUUAUUGAACGUGGUGGACUGAUGAGUCAUCAAAUUCCUUGUUGUAUUCCACCCGUCACCAGUAGGGGGCGACCUCCAAAAUGGCGCACAAGUGGGCUUAUUCAUUUCGGGCUUCUAAAUCCCUUGACAGUCCAAAAUGCAUUUGGUGUGCCUGCCGCUUCUGAUGAGGAUGAGCGUUUUGAAAAGUCAUCAUGGGCUAAAGCUGAGGAAAAAAAAAAAAAAUGCCUUCCAUAUUUGAGUUGCGUGCAAAGGGAGAAAGGUGUCCCUAAUUUUGUGGCCAGCCAUCUUAUUGUUAAUGUCGGGCAGCAGGGGGCAGUGUUGCGCUCAUUGCGUCGGUUUUUUGUGCGCGCGGGGUUGUCGUGGAUGUCUUUCACCGCGUGCUUCCCACUUCCGGUGGUCUUGAGGAAACCUCGCGAGGUGACGUCACAAGGCUUGACGAGAUUUAUUAAUCCGAUGAUAUUUCUUUAGCCCGCCCGAACAUGUUUCUGGGAUUUGCCUUCUUUAGCCAGAACAGAAUCAGAACCCUAAACGCAGACGACCGUUGUGUUUCCCAGCGUGCACCGGGAACUGGUCUUGCCGUACAGAAAACGACGCUGCUCACGUUUCCCGUUUGUUAGCUGAUAUUAAAGCCACUGCCUUAUGUCAUCAUAAUUCGACUUGAAUGAAUUGUUCUGAUUAAUAGACAACACGACGCAACGUGACGUAAUAACAAACGUGGGGCAUACACGUUAGCGUGCCACGGUACGAACGAAAGCGGAUGUUAGCGUACCUGCCCGUUAGCAUGCGCUAAAGUGCAUUUAAAAAGCGUGACGUAGCCACACGCUAAUUGGCUUCUCUUUGAGACUUUCAACGCUACUGCAGAAGCUAAAAUCUUGAAAAAGUGCAAGAGAUUAUGCUAAUAUUUGACUUGAAUUGAUAGUUGACUGAAUUAGACGUCAGAUAUUU